AUGGUCUACAGUCACAUUCGGAAACCAAUACUCUUGUCUUACACAGCUGCACACUACUUUUCAGAAGUACCGGCUGAGGAAGUAGAACGGGAUGCGAGGAAGGGGAGGACUGGGAGGGCACGGAUUGGGAUUCUCAAUCAUCUCGAUCUAGGAAGAUACCGUCGUUGCGCACCCAGGCAGGAUUUGGAGGAGCGACUCGGAGGCGACGAUUCAAGAGACCGACAUAGUGUCGAGGAAGCUACGGGGUUGGAAGAGAUGUUGAAGGACGAGAUCACUCUGGACCAUGACUUGACCGUUCCCGUACUUUGGACAACGGUUUUCGCGGACGAGUGUCGAUAG